AUAAAUAUUUUUUAAUUAUUUUUUGGUUGGUGGUGCCUGCCGUCUGCCGUGUUGAGGGGGAAGAGAGAAGGAAGGGGAAAGAGGCCUGGAGGACGGGGAGCCUGCAGCCACCAUGGAUUCCGAGCUGUGGAUCUCGCGCCUCAUGGCCGCCAAGCGGCAGUUCGCGCUGCAGCGCGCCCAGCGCCAGCAUGCCACUCCGGCUUCCCAUCACGAUCGGUUUGGGUAUGAUGAUAUUGAACCAGAGGAUGAGGGACGCUCAGACUUCCCAUGUCCUUACUGCUAUGAAGACCAUGAUAUUACAUCACUUUGCACCCAUUUGGAGGAUGAGCACCCAUUUGAGUCUAAAGUUGUGGCUUGCCCAGUUUGCUCGGCCAGGAUUUCGAAGGACUUGUUGGAACAUAUAACUCUUCAGCACGGCUACCUGUUCAAAUUGCAAAGACAUCACAGGUUACGUAGAGUUGCUGGUGCUGGCAACCACACUCUCUCUUAUGCAGGGAGAGAUCUUCAAGAGACCUACUUAAAGGUGCUGCUUGGAAAUAGCGGUCGAAGCAGCAGCACCACCAAUACAUCAACUUCAGUCACUGAUUCACUGCUAUCUUCAUUAGUUUUAAAUUUAUCUUCAUCAGAAGCAGAAGACACCUCAAAAUCUUCUGCUCCUGCUGUGGCCGAAAAUAGUUGGUUUAAAAGAUCACUACCUUCAAAGAAUUGGAAGAUAAGAUGAAAUACAUUAUUAUGAUGGGAUUUUGAACUCCAAUAGAGAGAACUGGACAAUUUCCAACAUCAAGUCUUCUGAGUGCUUCAUGAUGUAUUAAUGCAAUUUCUUCUUUUAGUUCUGCUGAUUCCAACCUUAGUCAUGAAGAGAGGGAGCAGAGAAGGAGGCGAGCUGUGGUGAGAUCAGCGUUUGUACAGCAUAUCCUUGUCACUACCCUUUUCGAUGACUAGCAGGACAUAGCUCAUGCAUUGAAAUCAUGUGGGCUUUUUGCCCACUCAUUUAUCUGGAUGAAUAAUGAGCUAAUCACCUCCGGUAUCUCGAAGUUGUUCAUCAAACUGAGGCUGGUACCUGAUUCCAUGAAGCUCGAUGAUAAAUUGAAGACUCAGAGGGCCUCUUACCUUAUAUGUUUUAUAUGGAAGCAGCUCUGAACAUUUGCUGUCCAGAUCAAAUUCAGACUGCUAGGCUUUUAACUAGUGUUCUUAUAGUAGAGUCUUGAUGUUUCUUUCAUUGGAUUUCGUUUUGUGCUGCAGAACGUGUUGUACCUUAUCCUAUUUAUUAUUACUAUGGACAUUUGAAUGUUGGCUUUCCAACUAUGGCGUAUGCUUAUGAAAUCUAUUUGAACCUUGCGUUCAUUUAUUUCAACAUAUUCCAGUGUGUAAGUGACAACUCUAUUAAA